AUGUUAAUCGAAGAGGAAGAAGGUAUUGACCUAACCGAGUUCAUGAGUCCACAACAGAGCAACAUGGAAGGAGUAACCUAUGAAGGAGUAAGUCAGGCAAAUGGAAAUGAGGAUGCCACAGAUGGUGAUCCAAAAGAUGAUGAAGAUAACAAUGUCCCAGAUAGUGAAAAGGACAAUGCCCUAGAUAUGAAAGGAAAACCAAUGUUUAAUGAAGACAUAUCUUGGAAGAAGCAGAUGCCAAUUCUAGGUAUGAGGUUCACCAACCCUAAACAAUUGAAAUUCAUGCUUUGUAAUUAUGUUAUAGCCAAUGGACUUUGGGCGUCAUGGAUGAGUGAGAAGUACUCAUUCCAAAUCAAGUCCCUUAUCAAUAAGCAUAAUUGUGCAAGAAGUUUUAAGUUAGGGUCAAUUAUUAAUUAUAGAUGGAUUGGUAGUCAUUUCACCAGGGAAGUUCUUGAGAAUCAGAAAUUCAAUGUUAGGAUGCUAAAAGAAGAAGUAAAGACUAAAUUCGGCAUAGAGGUUAGUAUGGGACAACGUAGGAAAGCUAAGCAACAUGUAGUGUCUUUUGUUGAAGGUGCCAUAGUGGAAAAUUAUGCAAAGUUUUGGUCAUAUGGUGAGGAGAUAAGGUCUAAUCCAUGGUCAACAGUCAAGUUGUCUGUGAACUCUAUGCCAAACGGGUAA